AUCAUCUGGUAGUUCCUCCAGAUAGUCAGAGUCGUUUCCCAAGGCCUCCUCUUCUUCAAGAUCCGACGAAGGGUUGUCGUUAAGGAGUUCAUCGUCUUCUGACCUGUAGCUUAUAUUAUCAUCUUCUUCGUCGCUGUUGUCGUCGUAGACCACCUUGGUUUGAGGCCGCCUCACUCCGCCUCUACUGCCGCGGCCGCCUCUCGACCCCCUGCCUCUCCCUCUGCCUCCUCUGCCCCGGGAUGCCGCGGACACCGCCGCUGUGGAGCCUCCAACUUUCCUGCGGCCCCGGGACGAAUGAAAGUUCUCUCGGCCGGAGAUGUCUGUAUCUACCUCCGCAGAGCCAGUCCCACAAACGCCGCCAAUUCCUCCCCGUCCCCGGCCGCGUCCUCUGCCUCUUCCCCGUCCACGCAUCCCUCUACUCCUGCUACCCCGAGAGCCGCGGACUGGCCCGGGUGAACCCUCCCGCAUCACGGCUGCUUGUUUGGGCGGCCUUCCUCGUCUCCCCCUCAUUGUGGGAGAGAGUCUGUUCUGUUCCGCUUCAAUCUCGCUGCUCGAGUGAGCCACUCACACCGGAGAAAAGCGGGGGAGAAAGAAACCAGCAGAUCUGGUGACGGUUCCCGAUAGGUCUUCCCCAAGCCCCGGUCUCAAUUUAAGAGCAGAAAGCUCAAACUGAAUGGCCGGUGUCCCGCUCAGGGUAGCCUGCAGACGCCAUUUUUCUCCUCAGCUCUCCCUCUGUUGAAAACACAGCAGGCCUCAGAGCUGCGUUAAGCUAACCGUGGAUACCAGUGGUUGUACCGGAGGUUGAGUGCACGGUGCUUCAAAGUAAAAGCAAAUAGAAAAUGAAAAAAUACAUAUUAUGGUGACAUAAUCAUACCAAGCAAGAUUACAUUAAGUAUUUUUGGUCCAAUGCAGUUGGUUAUAUAUACAAAUUACCAAUUCCAACUGCAUUUAUGUUAACUACAUCACUGUCACAAACCGGAAACUGCGUGUGUUUUCUUCUAACUUUACACUAACAGGCCUAAGUGAAUGUAAGAUCACGUGACUCACUAUUCUACAAUCGAUGUAAAUGCCGUGCUAGUUCAUAAAAUCAGUUAUCCAUGCAAACGGUUUAUGCCAAUAGAACUUAAUUAGCAUUGAAUGGUUCUGGUGGUUGGUUUAGAAACAUGUGGGUGCAGUGCAUACAGUGAAAGACAAGCUUUAAUUUUCCGCCAUGUCGCCAUCGACGUCACAGCAAAACAAGGCGAGAAGAUAUAAGGAUCCGUCAUUGAGCUCCGUUACAUGUACCCAAAUAACUCGUUAAAAGUUAACAGCACACAUAGUUUUUGGUCAAAAGUAAUGCAAAUGUGUGAAACAGCGUCGCAUAUCUUCUUUAAAACCAUGCAUGUUACAUAACAACAACAAAAAACAAUUUUCAUUUAGUUCAACCAGAUCGUUUAACUGUAAUUUAGGAACGAUGCUGAGCUCCAGUUGAUCACACCUGCACGAUGAUUAUGUAAAAAUGUAACGUUUUUCGCAAUAACGCCUGAGUAAACAAAGAUGUCAAAAGAGGUAAAAUCGUGCUUUUAACUUGAUGAAGUCAACAAGUUUACUGAAAAUUCUUCUUUGAUUUCGUUGGCAAUUUGACUUAAACUGUACACGUUCCUAGACCCUUUUUUGCAAAACAUUUGCAGCCUAAUAGCAUGAUAAUUACAUUGACUAAUAUAAGGGUGAUUCUGGCAAACUAUAUUAAUGUUUAUUGUUCAUAUUUUUCCAGGUCUAUAAGAGGACUGACAUGCUUUAUGUGUUAUUCAGUUUUGUGGUGGAAUGGUUAGGGCGGUGGAUCGAUAUCCAAUGGGGUUUCACAGCCCAGGUUCAAAUCACGAUUACAUGUUUGAGCUUUGUUCUCUAUGAUCAAUAGCUAAAUGUUGCAAAAGUUGUUAUUAGGCCAUUAGAGACAAAAGGUUAAUAUAUCCAAUAUUACGUGGAUCAACACAAUAAGGUAAUUGCCUAUAUUGAUACAUAGUAGAAUUAAUACAACAUUUUGAAUAGGCAUAAUAACACCGGAAAGAUCAGAUCUGUGUAGGACUGAUUAUACGUCUAAAAACAUUAGGUACCUGCAUUUGUUUUUGCCAAAAAUGUUCAUUCACGAGAUAUGUUUUAAUAUAUAAUUAUGCAGAGUACUUCGUUGAAGCUGGAAUCGAUUGAGCUUUUAAAUCUCGCCUCUAAUUCUCGUCACAGCUACGUUGACAUAUCGCGAUAAACAGACUAAGAGCAUCAUCACCUCUCAGGUGAAGUUAAUUGAGUAGGCUGCUCCACCACCUGAUGAGAGCGACAGACUUUCCCAAGAAGCAGCACUUUGCAGAUGUACAAAACAUGCCAAAGAACAACAACCAGAAGGUACUGAGUGCAGCUGCCAGGUUGGCUAAGCUGCCCAUGGUUCACUCAGCUUUUACCAAGCUGUCCGUCUUUUACAUUGACACUAAAGGCAAGCACCCCAACCUGAAGUCUGUGUGUGAGAUGCUGGAGAGCAGUGUGACAGCUGUGGUUUCACCUGUCCUUGUUAAACUGGAGCCUCAGAUUUCCGUUGCUAAUGAUGUUGCCUGUAGAAGUCUUGACUGGCUGGAGACAGCUUUCCCAGUGCUGCAUACACCCACAGAGCAGGUUGUCGCCACUGCCAUGAACAAGAUGCAUGAGAUCCAGGAUGUGGUGAGCAUUGCAGCUAAUGGGACUCUGGACUGUGUGGAGCACACAGUGGCCUGGCUGAAGGGCGGGAUACAGCAGGCUGAUGGCCAGGCGGACCAGUCCCCUGCGAAAAAAGUCAUCAGAGUGGCCAGUGUGGGACUGGAAUCCGCUCUGAUCAUGUCCGAGGCUCUGGUGGACCGAGUGCUUCCUCCCACUGAUAAAGAUAAAGAGGAGGAAGCAGCUCUCUUGGUGGAGGUUUUUGAGGCGACCACACUUAGGAAAAGUUUCCCCCUGCGACUGGUGUCACUCUCUGCCAAGAUGUUAAGGAGGACCUAUAUAAUGGUGGGGGCAGAGAUGCAAUAUUUUCAGGUCAUGGAGAAUUUGUCUUCAGGGCUGGUUCAGGACCUUCAGACGAAAUGUCUGACGCUGGCAUGGAGCAUUCAGACGCUGGCAUGGAGCAUUCAGGCGCUGCCUCAGCAUCUGCAGCAUCAGCUUUUGUCUGUGUUCGUCUUUAUAUCCCAGAUGUACAACUUAAACUGCCCACCAGCCAAACAGUCUUACCAGGAUAGAAGUUAUUUCAAUGCCACAGAGACCUCAACGCACAUGGGAACUGUUCGAGUUUCCCCACCAGUGAAAGCUACACGGCGAAUGAGGUCCCUCAAUUUGCCUGACUUAAACAAUCGGUGUAAUGCUGAAGGAUGUCUACGUUGAUUUAGACUGUCGGAUUUGUCUAAUUAAAAUAAACUGAAGAUUGAAUUCA